UUUACAACACGUCACCAGGAAAUACCUUUGGUGCCAAAAUGUUGAGACAGGACUCCCAAGACGCUCCUCUUUUUGGUGAAGAGGACGCAGGGAUAAGAAAGUCUAAAAUUAAACAUCCUCUGGCCUCCUUCUUCCACCUGUUCUUCAGAACCAGUGCCAUCGUGGUCUACUUACUGUGCGACAUCCUCAGCAGUCAGUUCAUCAUCUGUAUGGUCACCAUCAUCCUUCUGCUGUCAUGUGACUUCUGGACUGUCAAGAAUGUAUCUGGCAGAUUGUUGGUGGGUCUUCGGUGGUGGAAUCACGUGGAUGCAGCGGGCAGGAGCCACUGGGUGUUUGAGUCAAGGAAGACACACAGAGCAAACACGACAUCCACUGCCGACUCGCGGAUCUUCUGGCUUGGACUCAUCGUGUGCCCCGUCUUCUGGAUCAUUUUUGUGUUUAGCACCAUCUUCUCUUUCAAGAUUAAAUGGCUGGCUGUGGUAAUAAUGGGCUUGGUUUUACAAUGGGCCAACUUGUACGGCUAUGUCAGAUGCAAAGUGGGUGGAAAGUCCAACCUGAGAAACAUGGCAAAGAACUUCCUUGGUGUCCAGAUUCUUCAACAGGCAAUGAAGAAAAAGGAGAGACCUUGAGGUGGAUGCAUGGAGAUUAUGUGGAGCAUGAUGGAGUUCAACACUUGAUGGGCUCAUUGCAUUUACUUUAUUCCCAUUGAAAAGGUGGCUGGGCUUUUUUGGGAGAGGAUGUAUGGUUUGUUUAAAUUUCACCUCAUUUAUCCUACCAGGACUUAAGAAGGUAAUGUGUGAAGAGGUUUGGCUGUAAGUUCUGCACUUAAAAUCUAAGCAAUAACUUGUUUCACAGGUAUCAUUCCUGUUGGUUUGCUGCUUUUGUGAUUUAAAAAACAACUUCAGUCAUUGUCUUUAAAAUGAUUGUUUACUGUAUAUUGUAAAAAGGAAAUUUUGGGAACAAGUAUGGAGAUAGUUGUUACCUUAUUGUGGCUGCUAAUCAACUCUAGGUUGUGGAUAAUCCUUUAAAAUUAAGCUUUAUGUUUUUUACUGAAAGGUUUGUUAUAAAUGACAUUGUAGGGAUAAAAUUAUACUUUAUAAAGAUUAAAAUAUUUUGAACUGAAUGCUUCUUUGAUACAUUUUCAUAUGAAAAAAGGUAAUUUUCUGAUGGGAAAUUGUGUUUUACAAAUAGCAUAAUAAAGGUUUUCUAUCA